CGACAUAACCCAACAUUUUCAGAUUGUUUACAAAUUUAUUUUAGCAAAUUUUCCCCUGUUGUGCAUAGAAUUGGUUAAAAAAGUAAGAGAAAAUUGCAAAAAUCUGAGUGUUUAUUGAAUACCUAACAAAAUAUGUGCGGGAACUUUGGGUGCACCGAACUUUGAAUAUAUGAGAAACUAAGAAAAAUUCAGUGUUGAAAUAAUUUUCCGUUUUUCUGAAGAAACGGCUGAAGAAAUCUCAGAAAAAGGUCAGAUGUUCCAUAUGUAACUACCAAACUACCAAACAAUACAUAUGUCGGGGUAAUAUACCCAUAUGUCAAACCUAGACGAUAUGUUUACUUGGCACUGGAAGAAAGGCAUGUUUAGUGAAGCUCUGUGAAAAAAAAUAUGUCAAAACUGGGCUUAAAACAUCACCUUCAGAAUGAUCAUGUUGAUUCCAGAUCGAAAGAAGUUCGAAGUAAAAAGUUCGAUGGAAGGAAAAAGGUCUAUAUAUGUACCCUAUGUGACUUUCAAACAAUAUUUAGGAAAAGUCUUGACAAACACCAGCAAAUUCAUUUACCACCGGGAGAACGACAGCAGUUUCCUUGUGCGCAUUGUGACAAGAAAUAUACAUCAAAAACCAACGUACAACACCACCUUCAGAAUAAUCAUAUUGAUUCCAGGGCUAAAGAAUUGAAUAAAUUGCAAAAAAAGGUCUAUAGAUGUUCCACAUGUAGCUACCAAGCACGAGAUAUGUCGGGUCUUAGGCAACACAAUCUUGUUCAUUUGGCGCCGGAAGAACGACAGAUGUUUGCUUGUGCGCACUGUGAGAAAAAAUAUACGUUAAAGAGAAACUUAAGACGUCAUCUUACGGAUGAUCAUACUGAUACCAGAAUGAAGGAAUCGCAGAAAAAUGUCCAUAGAUGUUCCACGUGUAGCUACCAAACACGAGAUAUUUCAACACUUAGGCAACACGAGAAACUUCACUUGGCACCGGAAGAACGACAGAUGUUUGUUUGUACACAGUGCGAUAAAAAGUUUUCCAGAAAAUACGACUUAAAACGUCACCUCAAGCGUCGUAUUCAUUCCAGGUAAAUUAAUUGGUAAUAUAAGAAAUAUUG